GAGAUGUAGAAAAGUGAACUGUGUAACAAGGAGCGAUGAGAUCAGAAGUCAUGAAUGUAUGACAGCCAGGAAGGAGAACAGAAAAAUCUGUAAAGGGAAAGGCUGGGUCCAACGGAAGCUUACGAAGUGGAAGCAGCAGGAUGAUUCCUCUCCAGAGUUUAUUUUUGAAUGGAAGGAUGCUCUUUUCCAGUAGAAGAUGGUGAUCCUAAUGUAUGAUCAUGGAGAAGGGGAUAAGUUCAGUAGAAGUGUUACCUUCCAAAUCGUCUCAGGUUACAGCUGUAAAAGUGAUGGUCAAAGAGCCCGAAACAAAGCAAACCCAAAGAGGGAAACGAGUGGGAUUUGUGCUUGUCCAUGCAGGUGCAGGUUAUCAUUCUGAAUCCAAAGCUAAAGAAUACAAGCAUGUGUGCAAAAGAGCCUGUCAGAAGGCAAUUGAAAAGCUACAGGCUGGUGCUCUUGCAACAGAUGCAGUGACUGCAGCACUUAUAGAAUUAGAGGAUUCUCCUUUUACAAAUGCAGGAUUGGGGUCUAACCUAAACCUUCUGGGUGAGAUAGAAUGUGAUGCCAGUAUAAUGGAUGGAAAGUCACUAAAUUUUGGAGCAGUUGGAGCACUGAGUGGAAUCAAGAAUCCAGUUUCAGUUGCAAAUAGAUUGUUGUGUGAAGGGCAGAAGGGAAAACUCUCUGCUGGCAGAAUUCCACCUUGCUUUUUAGUUGGUGAAGGAGCUUACAGAUGGGCAGUUGAUCACGGGAUACCAGCAUGUCCUCCAGGUAUCAUGGCUACAAGGUUUAGUUUAGCAGCUUUUAAGAGGAACAAGAGGAAGCUGGAGUUGGCUGAAAAGGUGGAAACAGAUCUCAUUCAAUUAAAGAAAAGAAGACAAUCAAAUGAAAAGGAGAAUGACUCAGGAACAUUGGAUACAGUUGGUGCAGUUGUUGUUGACCAAGAAGGAAAUGUUGCUGCUGCUGUCUCCAGUGGAGGUUUAGCACUAAAGCAUCCUGGAAGAGUUGGUCAGGCAGCUCUUUAUGGUUGUGGCUGCUGGGCUGAAAAUACAGGAGCUCAUACCCCUUACUCCACUGCUGUGAGUACUUCAGGUUGUGGAGAGCACCUUGUCCGAACCAUACUGGCCAGAGAAUGUUCAUGUGCUUUGCAAACGGAAGAUGCCCAUCAAGCUCUCCUAGAGACUAUGCAAAACAAGUUUAUUGGUUCACCUUUUCUAGCCAAUGAAGAUGGUGUACUCGGAGGUGUGAUAGUUCUUCGGUCUUGCAGGUGUUCAGCAGAGCCUGAAUCAUCACAGGAAAAGCCAACUUUACUAGUGGAAUUUCUGUGGAGCCAUACAACAGAGAGCAUGUGUGUUGGAUAUAUGUCUGCACAGGAUGGCAAAGCUAAGACUCACAUUUCAAGACUUCCUCCUGGAGCCGUGGCGGGACAGUCCGUGGCAAUAGAAGGAGGAGUUUGUCGGCUGGAGAGUCCAGAAAGCUGAACAGCUGAUCCCUCACUUCAUUGCGAAGAAUGUGAAUGACUUUUUGGACAAUAAUUUUUCUGUGUUUUUACAGAUGAUGGAAAUUCUAUUCUUGUUUUAUACCCCGUAUUGCAACCAUGUGCACCAUAACUUGAGACAAGUGCUGCUGUAGUUUAUGUUCUCACUCUGUGAAUGGGGGUGUGUGCAUGUUCAUUUUUUCCCUAAUAAAAUAGGAACUCUUCCCAGUUGUGCAAAGAAUAUGUAUGAUUAAUGGUUACGUUUUCAUUGUUUUAUGUUUGGAAAAUAACUGAAAGGGGUUUUUUUUUAAAAAAAAUUAAUUUAAAGAUAUGGUCAUAAUUGUCAUUCAUGUUCUAAAUUUAAAAGUAACGAGCCUUUGAAGUGGCUAUAUAAUUAUGCAAAAAAAUGAUUAUGGUUUCUAAGUUUCUCAGUGGUUUAAGGAAAUCCAGAGGUGGUUUAAACAUGGGUUGGUUUUUUCCUCCCCAAGGAUUUUUUUUUUUUUUUUGUCAAAGAAUGGUUUCAGUGAAACAAACUAGAGAAAAAUUAAGGCUAGAAUGGUUUUUAAAUAGUCUUAUAGGUCAUAUCUCUAUUCCCAAACUAAGAUGUUAAUAGCUUCAAGCUGUAUGUAUUACAAAAAGCUAUAUGAAGAUGAUGUAUCGUAACGCAGUCUUUAUGUAUAAUGAAAUAUUACAAUGUAAAUAAGAAAACAAAGUUUAUGGAAAGAUUCAAUAUUAUUCUUCGCUUCUGUUUAAAAUCUAUUUUUAAGAGAGGUACAGAAAUGAACAUAUUACUGGAUGCGAAGUGCAAUGUGUAUUAAAUGGAUGUUGGGAGGUCUGAUACUAGCUUUCUUAUCAAUAAAGCAACUUCCCGAAGUCCAGCCACAGCAUGGGUAUUUAUAUAACUGUGUGUAAUAUGUAUGUACUGUGCAUAAAUUUACUGUAAUUCUUUUUAUACCUUCCACAAAACUGCAUUAUAAAACAAUGUAAUCCUUGUCUGCCUUGUGAAGCAUUGGCAGCUGAACUGUCACUUGUCACCAGUUCUGAUACGUUAGCCAGAUCGCUUGAGUCCUAAAAGUGAGUUCUGACAUACAAUCUUCCGUUCAGUACUUUUUCCUUCACAGCACUGGCAGCAAUAGAAGAUUUUUUUUAAUUAAUUCAUCGUCCUGAUAAGUAUGCCAAAGAGAAACUAAAAUAGUUCAUCUUUUUCCCUGGUGGAUAUUUGAUAAUUCUGUUUUUCAGAAAUAGUGAAUGAAUAGAUAUUCAGACUGUAUUCGCUUAAUCAGGCAUUAUACUUGCCUGUUUUGUAAUGUUGUGCCUGCCUAUAACAGACAUACUUGACUGAUUAAAUGGUUACAUUGAUUGUAGUACCAAUCUUUCAUUGAAAAAGAUCUUAAUAAAUUUUUUUUUAAUAGCCUGAGUUCAUUUUCGCUCUUAUGUUACAGCAUAUAUUGAGAUACUGUCACCUCUGUGUGCUUUUUUAAUUGUGGAAUCAAUGUAGUCCUAUAGUUGAAGAUAUUUUUAUAUGGUUCUGUAAAUAAUAUGAAACAAGGGCUUUCCAGGUUGCGUAAACAAAAAGAUGGAAUGCACCUGUCUUGAAAUAGUUUGUGCUGAGAUAUCAGACUGGAUCCUCAUGGUUUGAUGAAAUGAAGAACUAUCCUACAACACUUCAGAAAUGUUGCUACAAAGAAGCUGCAUUGUCACAGCCCUUAAUAUUACUCUAAUAUGCAGCAUUAAAUUAUUGUGUGGAAGCUUCGCUAUGUAGGCAGUGAAAAAUUGAAGAUCGUGCGUAUGGGUUUGUACGUACCCGUGUUUGAAAAUGGAAUUGUUUUUGGAAAAGCUAAAAUAAGUGUUAGCCUACUUUCAUUCUAAAAGCACUUUUCCGUGCCAACUUCAUAGAAACUUUGGCAUAAAUUCAUUCUUUCAUAGAAUCCGCAUGGCAAAAUGGCUUGUAAAAUGUAAAUUGUUAAAUUGUUUCUUCUCCUUGCUUGCUUAAUAUCUCUUUAUGGAGAUUUGGAUUCCAGCAUAUGAUUUUUUUGCCCUGCACUAUCACAAUUCUAUUGUGUGUAUACAUACAUACAUACUAAA